AUGCGAUGUAUAGUUGCAACGUUUAUCAGGAAGGGCAGCACAGGCAGGCGAUUUAUGAGAAAGUGGACAGUCCAAAGCAACAAGUGACUAGCUCCAGGACAGAGUUGCGGAAAUCCGGUAGGCAGCGGUCCAAGAGAAAACCGCGAGUUUUGUUUUCCCAAGCCCAAGUAUACGAGUUAGAGCAGAAGUUUAAGCAACAGAAAUACCUGUCCGCCCCCGAGAGGGAGCAUUUGGCGCAAGGGUUAAAGCUGACACCGACGCAAGUGAAAAUCUGGUUCCAGAACAGACGAUACAAAAACAAACGCCAAAAGUCCGAUAAAUUGGAACCAGAAAAAAAGUGCCCGGAGCCAUCCACAUCAGUUUAUGGUAUGUCACAAACGCAAACUUCGUAUACAUAUCACAGCACAUCACCUGUAUAUGGGACAGACUAUUUUUGCCAAGAUGGAAUUAAAUACUCCGAUUUCAAUAGCUAUCCUUCCACGUUGUGAUGCA